CCAGGCUCCCUGGUUCAAUCCUGAACUAGGGUUACUGUCUGUGCUAAUUUGGCAUAUUCUCCCUCUGUCCAUGUGGGUUUCCCACAGGUUCUCUGUUUUUCUGUCUCGCAGGUGGACUGACUAUGCUAAAUUGCCACUAGGUGUGAAUGCGCGUGUGUGAAUGUGUGUAGGCUAUAGACCGCUGGACUGGCAUACCAUCCCAGGGUGUAUUCAGACCUCGUGCCCAGUGUUCCCGGGAUUGGCUCUGGGCCCACAAGUUUAGGUUACUAAAGAUAAACGAACGAAUGAAUGAACGUUUUUGACACUUUUGGCUUCCCAAACUGUUAGCGCAAGGCUAUGCGCGUGGGGGCGCGCUGAGCCAUGCAGAUGUGUCGCAGAUUUUAAAAGUCACUGUGCGCACAGAAAGAUCUAGUACGAGGAAAUGGGACGUUGAAAAGCUUUCAAAACUGAAGCCAAAUCAAAAAAACUGCGAAGAAAACAGUAGGAGAGAAGGAGUAGGACACCACUGAUUCGUCUCGUUUGCACUCAUUUUGACGAGCAAAAGCGCACUUCUAAAUAGCUACAUUACACAGCUCUGGUGUUAUUUAUUCAAAUAAAUUACAAUCGCAAAUAAUCCCAUGGAACUGUCAGCUAUCGGAGAACAAGUGUUUGCUGUGGAAUCGAUCAUAAAGAAAAGAGUGAGGAAGGGGAAUGUGGAGUAUUUACUGAAGUGGAAGGGGUGGCCCCCAAAGUAUAGCACUUGGGAACCUGAGGAGCAUAUCCUGGAUCCCCGGCUUGUUCUAGCAUAUGAGGAGAAAGAGCACAAGGACAGAGCAGUGGGCUGGCGUAAGAGAGGACCUAAACCUAAAAGACUUCUUGUGCAGGGCAUUUACUCAAUGGAUCUCCGCAGUGCACACAAAGCUGCAGAGAAGUCUCCAGGACAUCUGCACCUGUCCCUUACACACCCCCUCAAUCCACAGGCUGGACAUACAGCGCAGAAAUUCUGCUCCAAAGAAAGUGAUGUAUAUCGUCAACUAGUUCAUCACAAGAGAAAGAAGAGAAACCUCAAAGGUUAUUCAGUUGAGGACUGGGAGGAGUUGGAGAAGGAUGACAACUAUGAAGAGGAGGUUAUAAGACAGGAAGAGACAGAGACUGGCAGGGCCACUCUAAACAGUAAUGUGGAGACAGAGCGUUGGAGUCCAAUAACUGGAUCAGAGGAAAUGACAGUGUCUCCAGUGUGUGAGGAAUGGAGGCCGGUUAUGGGUUUGGAGGAGGUAACUGUGACAGAUGUCACCAUCAAUUCACUGACAGUUACUUUUAGAGAGGCUUUGGUUGCAAAAGGCUUCUUUAGAAGCUGGGAACUGGAGCUGUAAUACUGUACAGGAAUAUGAUAAAGUAUGAAGAUGUCACGUGAGACAGAAGGAGGGAGAAGUGAAAUGUGAGACUUUCAUCAAAAGCACUACAUGUAUUGACGUUUUACAUAAUUCUUUCUACUGAGAGACUUUUUUGUUUGUUUGUUUGUUUGUUUUAUAUUUUAAGGUACAUUUAUGAGUAGUAGAGCAAACAUCCUCAGCAUGGGAGGUCUUCUCUUCCUGCUAUAUGUAUAUGCUCUGUUGUUGUCAAUGCAGCAGAAGCAAUUUCAAAAUACAGUUUUAUAUUUGAAGCCUGUGAUCUAAUAGAAAAGAGAUUGAAACUAUACUCACAUAGUACUGCUACUUGAGGGUGUGUUUAUUUGAGUACAUUUAAAAGUACUCUUUAGCUGUACAUAGCCUAAUUUUUAACUUGCAAUCAGUAAAUAAAAUUGCCUAUCAGACAUCGUCAAACAAGAGGCACUUGUGUGCACACUUUUAUUAAAAGUAAAAACAAGUAAAAUACAAAUUUUGGUUGUGAAUUGUCAAGAUGAUCAUUUUUAGGGAACUGGAGAAUUAUUUUUAAUAUGAAAUGAUUAGUAUUAACAGGGCUGAUAUCACAGCAACAGGACAUAACUGUUGAGGAAUUGGGGACCUCUCAGACAGAAAUAUGUCAUUGCAAACAAGUCAUGGAAGAAUAUAACUUCAGCUGUGCUGUGCACCCCCUUCUCUUAAACAUUGUGCAUGACAAACCAAGCACAUUUAUUUAGUAUUUAAGUAUUCAAAACUUGAAAUACCUUUGGAUGAUGCAGUUAUCUGUUGUCCCUAUCAUAAUCUCCUCAGUAUUACAAAAGUCUUACUAUAAUACAUACAUAUUCUAACAGUUUAUUUUCACUCAGCGUUGUUUUACCACCAAAAAUAAGAGCAGAAACAAAAGAUAGGUGAGAAGUGGCAGCACAGCAUGCUCAUUGCCAGAAUUGAAAGUGAGAAAAUAUAAACAUUAUGGUCAGUGGAUUUCCGUAAUUGCUGUAGCUGGGCAUGCAACCACUUAUAUCUGACACCACCAUGCUGUACUGCCACCAGGUACCUGUACCACCACACCACACAGCCCACUACAUCACCUGUCUACCACGAAGGCCACAAAUGCCCAAACCCCUUGCAGCAGAGCCUCAGAGCUGCAUAGAGUCAGCACAAAAUUGCAGACCAGUGGAGCAUAUAUAGCUGACAAUACAAAUCAAAAUACACAUGCCAAAACUAACCAGGUACAAUAUGUUUAAGUUGUUUAAUAAUUAGCAAACAAUUAGAACAACUUAAUUGUUCAGAGAGGAUUAAAUUCACUAUAAUUCCCUUAAUAUUUGAGGCUGUUGCCACCUCAGAAAGCCAGCAACCUUGAUUUUUUUUUAUCAAGCCCUACUGCUGCUCCUUUUUUUUAUUUCCGGCGUUCGAGUUUUUUUGCUUGAUUGUUGUUUUUUUUUAUUUUUUGCUUUACCACUAAUGUUAACCUCAUGACCCUUGUAAUGCCUCUAAUUCAUCUCUGACUUCACAGCAUUGUAAUUAACAGUAGCUUCCUUCACACAUAAGGUUUUGGUGGGAUAAUCUAUGGCCUUCGAGUCCAAAACUCAUGUCAAAUCUGACCAACCUUGUUUGUUUGGUAAAAAAAAAGAGAUGUACUGCAGAUUUGAACAUGAAGUUCAUGCCCAAUAAAUUAUUACUUAAAGAAAGUAGUGAAGUAGCUCAUGAAACAAUUUGAUCCAAUGUUAUUCAAGAAAAACUACUCAAUUAAAACAUUUUUAAAAAUCAGAUUUGGCGUUUCCUAAUACAUGAGUACAGGACUGUUGUACAUGUAACACUGGCAGUUAUGGAAGAAAUGGUCAUUUAUGAAAUGUUAGGUCAUAUAACUUUUCCACAGAUUUAUUCUAUUUCAGAGUUUACUCUAUGACAUUUGAUCUAGAUGUCCAUAAGUGUUUGUUCAUGUUUUUCCUGUUGACCUGUUAACUUUCUUUCUUUCCUUUUUUUUUAUCCAAGGCUUUCAGGUUCAACCAUGUAGUGAAUAGGGAAAUGGGCCAGAUUUAAAACAGCACCCAUAUGUUCCAUAUUGUGACUAGUUAUAGCCUAAUACUCUGAUCAGUAUAAUGGUGUCCUUCCAUUUUCAUCAUAACCAUCACACUAUUUAGGUAGUAAAAAUUGCAGCAUAGCAAACAGAAUUCCUAACUGCCAUGUUUCACUGGAAAUGUGUACAGCGCCCAGCUUUAUUUUGAUAGAAAAUGUAAUCAGAUGUUGUGUAGUGUGAGCACUGUUACGAUCCAAUAUAUGUGUAAAUGCCUGUUGCCUAUUUUGAGUAGAAAGCAGUUUGCUUAAAGUUGACCUGUGACAUGUUUUACCAACAGUGUAGUAUAGUUGCUCAGUAUUCAUACUGUAGUGCUGCAGGCUGUGUGAGUGAUUGGCUUCACUGUGUCCGACAGUAUGCGAGCUGUCACUGAAAGACCCCGUUUCCACCUGGCCAUUUGAUGUGUAGUGUACAAGGAUUGUAUCCUUGCUCACCCAGCUUUUUUACUUCGUAGCAAAUAAACAAAUCAUAGAUAUGACACAAAACGAUUUUUGUUUAAUAGAUGAACAUUCUGGCUAUGUGAAACAUACCUCAAACAAAUGAAAUUAAAUUGUUUUAUUAAUGGCAAAUAUUUUUCCCAGAUCAAAUUGAGGAAAAAAUUAUGGAAUCAACAACAACAAAAAAUCACAAUUAGUACUUUGUUGCUCCUCCUCUGGCUUUUAUAAUGGCCUGAAUUCUUUGAGGCAUAGACUUCACUAAUGAGAAACAAUGUUCUCAAUCAAGCUGGUUCCAACUUUCUCGAAUAGCAGGUGACAGAUCAGCUUUGCAGGAUGGAGGCUGGUCAUGGACCAAUUUUUACAUUUUAUUUCCAACAAAAAUGUUCAAUCGGAGUGAGAUCCAGACUGUUUGCUGGCCGUGUCUUUGAGUUAAUCUACCUUUCUUGAAGAAAAGCUUGAACACACACUGUUCUGUGGCAAGAUGCGACAUUAUCAUCCUGAAAAAUGACUUCAUCACAAAAAAUAUUUUCUAUAUUAUGUAAAUAAUGUUUAUCAGACUACACUUUCAAAAAGUGCAUUAUGCCUAUACACAUGAAGUGACCGAGUGUAAAUGGGGUUAAGAGUAUACACUGUAUUGUCCAUGUUUCCUCAAGCAGAAUCACUUCUCUGUCCAGUUGUUCCAUGUUUCCUUUUAAGUUUUAAAGUUAAGUUUCGCACAUAAAAUUUCACACACCAUUAGAGCUGUGUGUGUUCUGGUUGUCAACAUUUUCUCCGGCCUGUGAGGUCAUGCCAUUUCUGUCGUUGUGAACAGACAUCGUCAUACAGUGUGAGAUGUAAUAUGCUCACUCAUGGUACAGCCUGGUUUAAGCAAUGCAGCAUUUAACUCAAUAGAAUCAAUAGCUUACACAUUUCCAUAAACCAUCAGUACACAAAAGUGUUGUUUUUCCAUGCAAGUAAAAAACCAUUGCAAUUAACUGAUUCUACUGAAUAUGUCUCAAAAAUAAAUAGAUAAGUUCAUUUUCCCCUUUUAAUAUUUUAUUACUUUAGAAGUAAUUAGAGAUCAAGACAAUAUGGUAACCUUCGCCCUCCACCCUUUGCAGAAAACAUCUGCAUACCUGCCUGCUAUAAUUUUACUACCUCUAAAUUUACUUAAAUAUCAUUUCUAUAGCAGCACUUUGUAGCAUCUAUUGUUCCACUUUUAGCCAGUCAUUGCAAGACUUGUCUGCUUGUGUGUACUCUGAUAUUCUCUUGCUAUUCACCAUGUGAUGUAUAUUUAUACCAAAAGGUAAUUGCAUCAACCUACACUGUAUUUUUCUAUGAUUACAUAUAAAUGUUUAAUUGAGCAUAGUGUUAAGAAAAUGUUUUGUACUUUUCUUAUAAUUAGUGGUAACAAGGUACUCUAAUCGCAUAAAUAUUGAACAUACUACCAAGAUCUCUGUAAUCGCUGAAAAUCUGCACUUUACACAACAGAUACCCUGGUGUUGUGAUGCCAGAAUACAUGGCAGUAUUUGUACUAUAUUAAACAAAAGUGCUUUUAUAUUGUAAUAAAGCAAAGUGUGAGAAAUCAA